AUGGCGACUCAGUCGGUCCAAACUUUCGGUCGCAAGAAGACCGCCGUCGCGGUGGUCCACUGCAAGGCUGGCAAGGGCAUCAUCAAGUUCAACGGCGCCCCCAUCGAGCUCAUCCAGCCCGAGACGCUUCGCAUCAAGGCGAUGGAGCCGGUGCUUCUCCUCGGCAAGCAGCGCUUCGCGAACCUGGACCUUCGCAUCCGCGUGAAGGGCGGCGGGCACGUGUCUCAGAUGUACGCCGUGAGGCAGGCGAUCGCCAAGGCUAUCGUGGCGUACUACCAGAAGUACGUCGACGAGCAGAGCAAGAAGGAGCUCAAGGACGCGCUCCUGACGUACGACCGCACGCUUCUCGUGGCGGAUCCCAGGCGCAUGGAGCCGAAAAAGUUUGGCGGUCGCGGUGCGCGCGCCCGCUUCCAGAAGUCUUACCGUUAGGUGCGGUGUCCACGCGGUGUGGAUACUUGGUCUGGAGCGGGGGGUUGGCUUAGCUGACGAAUUGGAGGGUGUUAUCUUACGAUAAAUCAAACU